AUGGCAACAAAACUAAAGAAGUGGAACAGAACAGUCUUUGGUAAUAUUCACUCCCGCAAAAGGAAGCUUGAAAGACGGCUGGAGGGUAUCCAGAAAAGUUUGGAUGGGAUGCAACAUCGAGGCCUCAUUAAGCUUGAAAGAAAAAUCAGACAGGAAUUUGAAGAUGUUCUCCAUCAGGAAGAAAUUCUUUGGUUCCAGCAAGCUAGAGAAGAAUGGAUUUGUUCGGGGGAUGGAAAUACUAAAUUCUACCACGCCGCUACAAAAACGAAGAGAGCUAGAAGAAACCAGUUUUAUCUUGAGAAAGAGGAAGGAGUCCCCUUCAGCAACAUAGAAGAAGAGGAGGGGACUAUCAGGUCUUUCUUCGAAACCCUAUUCAAAAAGGAUCAGGAAUCGGAUCUUUUAUUGUUGAAUGAUGUCAGCUUCCCUACCAUCCCCGCCACCUUCUGGAAUUUUUUCAAUGAAGAGUUCUCGUUGGAGGAAAUUAAAAACGUGGUGUUCGAGAUGAGCCCUCUUUAA